AUGACAAAGCAAACUGUCGUGGAUGAAUCUCUUCCAUCUGUAGAUAGUACUGAAGAAAAACAAGGCAUUUGGGCAUCAAUAUUACGUGAUGUUAAAUCAUCAACAAAAAAAGCACCAGCAACAAAAUCACUUGUAGUUCUUGGUGAUAAUGAAAGUGGUCGUACAACAUUAGUAGCUAAAUUACAAGGCAAUGAUGAUCCAAAACGAGGUGCUGGCUUAGAAUAUCAUUAUAUUGAUAUUAGAGAUGAUGAUCGAGAUGAUACUCCAAAAUUGGGUGUAUGGAUACUUGAUGGUGAUGUAACAUGUUCAUCUCCUUUACUUAAAUUUGCAAUUAAAUCAGAUACAUUUGAAGAUACUGUUAUUAUUCUUGUUGCUAACAUGAUACAACCAUGGUCAUUAUUAUCAACAUUAAAAAAAUGGAUAAUACUUGUUGAAGAACAUAUUGAACGACUUCAAUUAGAUUCAACACGUCUACAAGAAAUACGUGAUCGAUUUCAAUAUGAUUUUCAACAUUAUACAGAACCGAAUGAUACAUCAAUAAUGAUAACAUCAUCUUCAUCAUCAACAACAAUAAAAAGUGGAAUAACUGGUGGUCGUAUACCUAGUUCUGUUUCAUCAGUUUCAUUAGCAUCAGGUACAACAUCUACAACUUUAAAUAAUGGUGAAGAACAAAUUGUUUUACCAUUACCUGAAGGUGUCUUAACAAAAUCAUUUGGAAUUCCAGUUAUUGUUGUUAUUACAAAAUGUGAUGUAAUGUCAACUCUUGAAAAAGAAAAUGAUUAUAAAGAUGAACAGUUUGAUUUCAUGCAAUAUCAUUUAAGAAAAUUUUGUUUAGAAUAUGGUGCUGCAUUAUUUUAUACAUCUGUAAAAGAGAAGAAAAAUAUUGAUAAAUUAUAUAAAUAUAUUCUACAUAAAUGUUACGGUUAUCCGUUUACAUUACCUGCUGCGAUUGUUGAACGUGAUGCUAUAUUUAUACCAUCGGGUUGGGAUAAUCCAAAAAAAGUUGAUAUUUUAUUAGAAAAUCUUCAUCGACUUAAAUCAACCGAUAAUUAUUCUGAUGUAUUCGUUAAACCUGUUGUUCGACGGCCAUUACAACGUGAUAAUGAAAUUGUUGCAGCUGAAGAUGAUCAAGAAUUUUUAUCUCGUCUGCAAUUAACACUUAAUCGAGCUGCAUCACCUGGAAGAACUGAGGAAAAUGCUACACCUGUACUUACACGAAAUGCAAUGACAUCAGGUGCAAGUAGUGGUAUUAUUUCACAGACACCAUCUAUGCCUGGCCGACCGCGAAAUCAACCGAAUGCUUCCUCGGGUGGUACUAGUGCAGCAGCAAAUGAAGGUGCCUUAGCUAAUUUCUUUAACAGUCUUUUAACAAGAAAAUCUGGUGGUCCAGUAACUCCAACGAAUGCUGGUUCACCUGUCACUCAACGUCAAAGUAAGCUAUUUGCUCUUCCUUCUCGAGCAUCGAUUUCGAAAAAUUAA